UACCACUCCUGAUGCUGCUUGUGUGCUCUUUUGAUGCGGACCCGACACCUCUUUAGUGAAGCGGCAGCUGAGGAGAAUCUGGCGCUCGCCAUGGCUGAUGAAAAGCCCAAGGAAGGAGUCAAGAUUGAGAACAAUGAUCAUAUUAAUUUGAAGGUGUCGGGGCAGGACUGUUCUGUGGUGCAGUUUAAGAUUAAGAGUCAUACACCACUUAGUAAACUAUUGAAAGCCUAUUGUGAACGACAGGGUAUGUCAACGAGGCAGAUCAGAUUCCAAUUUGAUGGGCAGCCAAUCAAUGAAACAGACACACCUGCACAGUUGGAAAUGGAGGCUGAAGAUACAAUUGGUGUGUUCCAGCAGCAGACAGGAGGUGUCUACUAAAAAGGGAACCUGCUACUUUACUCCAGAA